AUGACUUUCAAAGAAGAGCAACAACAAAACCAAGCUCCUAGCCACAGACAACUCCGGGAUAAAAGUCUCCUUCAGAGCGAUGCACUCUAUCAGUAUAUACUUGAAACCAGUGUGUACCCAAGAGAGCAUGAGAGCUUGAAGGAGCUACGAGAGUUGACGGAAAAACACCCUUGGAACCUCUUAGCUAUACCACCUGACGAAGGACAAUUUAUAGGUAUGCUACUGAAGCUCAUGAAUGCCAAGAACACCAUGGAGAUAGGCGUCUACACUGGUUACUCCUUGCUUUCCACUGCCCUUGCUCUCCCAUCUGAUGGAAAGAUAUUAGCAAUGGAUGUUAACAGGGAAUAUUAUGAACUGGGGUUGCCUGUGAUUCAAAAGGCUGGAGUGGCUCACAAGAUUGACUUCAGAGAAGGACCUGCUCUUCCUCUUCUUGAUGAACUCAUCAAAGACGAGAAGAACAAGGGAACGUUCGAUUUCAUCUUCGUGGAUGCUGAUAAGGAUAACUACCUGAACUACCACAAGAGGGUGAUUGAGCUUGUGAAGGUUGGGGGAAUGAUAGCAUAUGAUAACACUCUAUGGCACGGCUCUGUGGUUGCCCCACCCGAUGCACCUCUUUUGGAUUACGUUAAGUAUUAUCGCGAUUUUGUGAUGGAGCUCAACAAAAUUCUUGCACUUGAUUCAAGGGUUGAGAUUUGCCAGCUUUCUGUUGGUGAUGGCAUUACCCUUUGUCGCCGUGUCAUCUGA